AUGGAUGUUAAUCGAGAUAAUUUUUAUGAUGUUUUACCAGAAAUUUUAAAAGAUAUAAACGAUGCUGAUUAUGUAGCAAUGGAUGGUGAAUUUACAGGAAUAUUACCAUUUGAUAAAAUGAAUUAUUUUGAUACACCAACUGAACGAUAUAAACGCCAUUAUGAUUGCGAUAGACAUUAUUUAAUGAUCCAAGUUGGUCUUGCAAUGGUUCGAUGUCUAAAUCCAGAAGAAAAUCGAUAUUCAUUGAAAGCUUAUAAUUUUUAUUUAUUUCCUGAAAAUGAAUCUGAUGCAUUUGAUUUUCGCUCUAAAAGUUCAUCAUUACAAUUUUUAGCCGCUAAUCGUUUUGAUUUCGCCCAAGUAUUUCUCAAAGGAAUUCCUUUUGUAUGUAAAACAACAUAUUUAGAAAAAUUACGAAAUCCACAAUUAUCAUUAUCUCGUCGCAAUAAUCGUCAGAUACCAAAUGGUAAUACAAAUGAAAAGAAACAUGAAGCAACAACAACAACGAAUUCACCAAAACAAUCUGAAGGAAAUAAUCUAUCAGAUGCAGAAUUAUUAAGUAAAUCAAUGACAGGAUUUUCGGAAGUUAUUUGGAAAUUACAAGAAUCUGGUAAACCUGUGAUCGGACAUAAUCUUCACAUGGAUAUUCUACAUAUAAUUAAUCAAUUUUUCACACCAAUACCUUCUAACUAUGAAGAUUAUAAAUCAAUAAUUAAAUCUUUGUUUCCAAAAUUAAUUGAUACAAAAACAAUUGCAUCGACAUCAAUCUUUCAAAAUAUUAUUUCCAAUACAGCACUAAAUGCUAUUUAUAAAACAAUUCGUGAACCAUCAUUUCCAGCAUGUCGUUUUGAAACGCCAAGUGAUUUCAGAUAUGCCUCAAGUGAACAUGAACAUACAGCUGGUUAUGAUGCAACUUGUACAGCUGUUAUUAUGACUAAAAUGAUGACAUAUAUUGCUGAACAAACAAAAUUUACAGACAAUCCAAUAGAACAUGUAAUAAUUAGUAAAUUUCUUGGAAAAUUAUUUUAUAUGCGUUCAUUUGAUCUUAAAUAUUCUGAUAUACUCAAUGAUGAUGAUUUGCCUGAUCGAUCAUGUGUUUUUUAUAUUACACAUCCUGACACAUGUACAACAGCAAAUAUACGAGAAUUUUUUUCUCAAUGGAAUCUUCUAUCAUAUGAUCGAGUUGAUUUAACAACACAUGUUAUUGGAAUAUCAUUAAAAAAAGAUACAGUUGACACAAUGUUAACAAAAAUGCGUACGAAUGAUAAAAAUUUUACAAUUACUCCAUAUGCAGAAUAUAAUCGUCUUGAUGUUUCGGCUAUAAAAAUAAAAGAGCCCGAUCAUCUUUUUGAUGUUGAUCCAGCUAAUAGAAAAUCAAAUAAACGACCUUAUAUUGAUAAAGAUGCAGUUGCAACAACAACUCAAGAAGUUACAAUACCAAGUAAAAUGGAGUUUACUCCUUCAGUCGAUAGUAAAGGAUCAACUUUACAACAAUUAAUUGAACAAAAGGAAAAGGCACGAGGAAUCAAAAGACCAAAAUUAUUUGAUUAUGAUGAUGAAUGGUAA